GCUCGGGCGGCUGCGGGGCGGGGCGGGGCGGGGCGGGGCGGGGCACUCGGCGGAGCCGCUGUGCCUGCGUCCGCUCGUCUCUCAGCCUAGGGUGGGCGCCGGACCUGGGAGGCGCACGGCUGUAAGCCAAACAAAAAGAAACUUCGGGGUGCCCGGAGUGCCAGGUGGCGGCAAGCGGUGGACUUUUCUGCGGGGUCUUGAGGAUUUGCAGCUCCAGGAAGCGAGAUGUCGAAGCCGCCACCCAAACCAGUCAAACCAGGGCAAGUUAAAGUCUUCAGAGCGCUGUAUACGUUUGAACCCAGAACUCCAGAUGAAUUAUACUUUGAGGAAGGUGAUAUUAUCUACAUUACUGACAUGAGCGAUACCAAUUGGUGGAAAGGCACCUCCAAAGGCAGGACUGGACUAAUUCCAAGCAACUAUGUGGCUGAGCAGGCAGAAUCCAUUGACAAUCCAUUGCAUGAAGCAGCAAAAAGAGGCAACUUGAGCUGGUUGAGAGAAUGUUUGGACAACAGAGUGGGCGUUAAUGGCUUAGACAAAGCCGGAAGCACUGCCUUAUACUGGGCUUGCCAUGGGGGUCACAAAGAUAUAGUGGAAAUGCUAUUUACCCAACCAAAUAUUGAACUGAACCAGCAGAACAAGUUGGGAGAUACAGCUUUGCAUGCUGCUGCCUGGAAGGGUUAUGCAGAUAUUGUCCAGUUGCUUCUGGCAAAAGGUGCUAGAACAGACUUAAGAAACAAUGAGAAGAAGCUGGCCUUCGACAUGGCUACCAAUGCUGCCUGUGCAUCUCUCCUGAAAAAGAAACAGGGAACAGAUGCAGUCCGAACAUUAAGCAAUGCCGAGGACUAUCUGGAUGAUGAAGACUCCGAUUAAUUCCUUUAUGGAGCUUUGAAAUCUAAAACUUCUGUUGCUUUUGCCAUUCCAAAACUUUGUCUUUGCCAGAAGAGUGUUGGUAACUCUAAAAGAAAAGUAUAUAUGAACACGGCAGUGUUGCACUGUUUGAGUAGAGAGUGUAAAUGAAUUGUUCUCACCUUUGGUUUGCCAAUAAGUGACUGGAUUCUUGGCUGUAGGAAAUACAUUUAUGUUCACCAGAGUAGAACAAGAAGAGAUUAUUUCUAUUUAUCAAGCUAAUGGAAUUUUAAGAAUUUUUUUCUUUAAAACAAAUCAGGAUUUUUUUUUUUUUAAUUUAGUUAAAAUGCUUUACCUCAAGGGUUGAGAUAUUUUGAAUGGAUUUUUCAAGGGGGGAAAAUGCUUAUUAUAAUUAAAACCAAAAUACUUAACAGAAAAUCGUCAGCUAUUCUGACAAAAAUAAACAUUUUGAGAGACUUU